AUGUCAACGCCUACAUGUCCAAAGUGCGGAAAAGUAUUCACCAAGGACUCCAGCGUCACUCGCCACCUAAGUCAGCCUCGGACAUCUUGUCACAGUUCUGUUCGUGACAUUGUCGACAUCUUGGAAUUCACGGAUGUAUUUCCGCCGCAACGAUCCCUCAAUCCACCUCAGAAUUUGAAUGGUAUGGGUCAGAGAUUCGACGUCGGGGAUGACUCGCAAUUCGAUCUUCAGGUCGGGGAUACCAACUCAGACGAAGACCUUUUCGAUCCGGGGGGAAGCUCACACCCAAGUAAUGAAGACUGGUAUGAGGGUGCAGCCAAGUGCUAUUCUCGGGACGGCAUCACAUUUCUAGAUCUUUUCGACGCCGACGAGCAUGCAGAGUAUAGGAAGGAGAACCUAUUUUACCCAUUCGCAUCAAGGGAAGAGUGGGAGGUCGCUGACUUCCUCCUGCGUUCUGCCCUUAGCAUGGCAGCAAUUGACAACUUUUUGCAGCUCGCUAUGAUAAAGCGAUUAAAACUGUCAUUUGGCAACGCUAAAGAUUUGCGAAGUCGGGCUGAAAUGCUGCCAAAGGGACCGAGCUGGAAAUGCCAAAUCAUUCCUUCACUUCAUCGCACAAAAAGCCCGAUUCGACUAUUUUGGAGGGAUCCGGUUGAGUGUUUGGAGAGUCUCUUCAGUAACCCCCUCUUUCAUGACCGGCUCGACUUUAUCCCUCGUCGUGUUUACAAGACUGCAGCGCGGCUCCUGCGUGUAUAUUCAGAAUGGUUGACGGGCGACGCUGCUUGGAGUAUUCAGGAUCAACUGCCCCGAGGCGCGACAGUCCUUGGCACCGUGCUUUCGUCUGAUAAAACCAAUAUCACAACGAUGACAGGUGCCAGGGUCGCACACCCGCUUCUGCUAGGCCUUGCUAAUAUUCGCAUGCGCACUCGUACGAAGCUCUCGUCCAAGGCGUUCAUGCUCACGGCUCUCCUCCCUAUCCCGCAGUACUUACACCCCACUCAACGAAUGCGGGGUAUGCUCGAGGAUCGUCUCAUCCACGAAUGUCUUGCAAUCAUUUUACAGCCCCUGAUGAAAGCCGCCGAACUUGGAAUCAUGAUGUCCGACCCAGUGGGAAACAUCCGCCACUGCUUUACCCCCCUUGCGGCAUACAUCGUCGAUACUCCCGAGGCGUGCAUGCUUGCAUGCGUGCGCGGCAAAACUUCUCCAUUUACACUGGCAUCUUAUCUCCAGUUCGGGGACAAUUUUCGUCACCCUGCACGUACACGUGCCAUCAUGCUCGAGCAGCUCGCCAGCAUCAAUGUUGACCCCAACGACCUGGAAGGAUAUUUUGCCGCAUGCGCGGAAUUCCGGCUAAAUGGUGUCUUUGCACCUUUCUGGAAGGGAUGGCGGUUUAGCGAUCCUGCGAUCUUCCUUACACCUGAAGCUCUGCAUCACUGGCACAAACAGUUCUAUGACCACGACGUGCAAUGGUGUCUUGCAGUUCUUGGAGUGCAGGAAUUCGAUUUCCGAAUCUCAAUACUGCAACCCGUCACUGGCUAUCGCCACUUCCCCAAUGGAAUCUCCAAACUGAAGCAGGUCACAGGCAGAGUCCACCGCGAUAUACAGCGCUAUAUUGUUGGAUUGAUCGCUGGUGCAGCCCCUCGUCGAUUUGUGGUCGCAAUUCGCGCUUUAAUGGAUGUCCGAUACUUAGCGCAGUCUCCCGCACCUGAUGACAACUUACUGGCGGCUAUUGACAGAUCACUUGCAAUCUUUCACGACAACAAAGAUGUCAUCAUGACACUAGGCGCUCGGAUGGGUGCGAAGAGAGUCAUCGAUAAUUGGCACAUACCCAAGCUAGAGCUCAUGCAGAGCAUCACCACUAGCUCGCGCCAAGUCGGUGCCCUCAUCCAGUGGUCCGCAGACGCAACUGAACAUGCGCACGUCUCUGAAAUCAAGGACCCAGCACGGCGUACUAACAACAACGACUACGAUCCCCAGAUCUGUCGUCACUUAGAUCGAGCAGAGAAACUGCAUCGUUUUGCAAUUGCUACAACUCUCAAGAGUCUUCCCACAGAUCCCGAUCUCCGUGAGGAUGAAGAGGACAGGGACGAGGACGAGGAAGGGGAAGGGAAUGAGGAAGAAAAUGACGAACUGAUGGAUCCACGAACUGCACUCUUAGAAGAACUAAAUCACACGCGCACCACUUCCAACUACUUCAACAAACUGAGAACGUUGGGGACUGCAAGGCGCGAUGAAAUUCCUCAGGCUCAUCCUCCUCGUACGUUCCUUGCUGGCAGUACCGCCGUUCAUCUUAACUGUUACCCCACCCGCACUGGCUUGAAAAUUGACGAGGUCGCCGAUCAAUUUAACAUCCCAGAUCUGCGGCAUGCUCUCUCGGACUUCCUUCAACGUGAUGCGAGGAACAGAGAUGUAGUUUUUGGGGUGGGGGUGCCAAGAAGAUCGCUGAUCGACCGGCCCUUGAAUAUACCUUUCGAGCGCCUUCAAAUAUGGCAUACUGUUCGCUUGCAGCAAGUCUGUCUCCAUGAUCCCAGUAUCGUUUUACCCGCACAAACUUUGCAUGCCUCUCCUGCACACGCUGGGUGGCCAAAAGGCCGACAGGAUGUUGCCAUUCUCAAUGUCAAUAGCGCGUAUGAUUGGCCCAAGUCAGGGUUAACGGGUCACACUGUCUGUGAACUGCAGCUCAUCAUGCGUCCAAUGCCACGACGAGGCUCACGUAUUACAUGGCAUGAUCGAUAUCUUUGUUAUGUGCGGAGCUUUAAGGUUGGCGCGGUUGAUCCUGUCACCGAGAUGCACACAUUGACACGCACAAAACAUGCCAACGGUACUCUAGUGGGAGAUAUAGUUCCCCUGACACAACUUCGAGCGUUCAUCAAUAUCAUCCCGAGACUAGGUGCUGCAGCAGAUCCUCGGUUGACCAAGUCUACUUCCACGCACUAUCAUUCCUCGUUUUACUUGAACAAGUACUUUGACAAGCAAAUUUAUGAUACCUUGUACUAUGCAUCGCAAGGAUAG